AUGAACUCAACUGGACGCUUGGACAACUUAUACGAGGCUGUCAUCAAAAACGUCAUCAGCUUUUCCCUCGUCUUCGUCAUCCUCUGCAUCAAUGGAGCUUUUGUCUUCACCUACUUUAAAAACCAGGACUUCCAGCGAGACCCCAGGUAUGUGCUGUACAUCCAUCUGGUGAUAAACGACAUGAUCAUGCUGGCCGGUUCCCUGUCGCUCCAAAUCGCAUCCUACGUCUCCACCCUGAGCAGAACCUCCUGCUGCCUCCUGAUGCUCAGCAUGAGCUCCUGCUGCCUCCUGCUGCUCCUCUUACUGACCACCAGCAAGAACAGCCCUCUGAACCUGGCCGGCAUGGCGGUGGAGCGGUACAUUGCCAUCUGUCGACCUCUUCAUCACGUGCACAUCUGCACUGUGCAGCGAGCCCAUGCUCUCAUCGCACUCAUCUGGGUCGUCUCCUUCAUCCCCGCCCUCGUAGAAGUCUUCAUCAUCCUCGCCACCCAGCCGCUGUCCGUUUUCUCCACCUCGGUCAUCUGCUACCACGCCAACAUGUACAACACGAAGUACCACAAGGUGCACAGUGCGGUGGUUGAGGCUCUUCUGUUCUCCUUCGUCUUCCUCACUGUGAUUGUCACCUACCUGAAGGUACUGUGCACUGCUCGGGCCGUCACCGGUUCCGACCGGUCCGCGGCCAGAAGCGCCCACAACACCAUCCUGCUGCACGGAGUCCAGCUGCUCUUGUGCAUGCUGACCUUCAUCGCGCCCUUCCUCAAACUCACCUUGGUCACCGCAUGGCCCCAAGACCGAACGGAGAUCCUCUUCACUUCUUUCUUGUUCAUCAACGUGUUGCCCCGGCUGCUCAGUCCGCUCAUCUACGGCGUCAGGGACCAGAAGUUCAGGACCCAGAUCCGACUGCUCUUCUGCACUAUAAAAAAGAGGGCGGAGCCAGCGGCGGGAAGCCAGCGAAGGUCCAAACAGGUGUCCCACUGA